GUAGUAACUUCCCUUAUCUGUUCUUCCCACCCAUUAAAUUCGAGGUUGCCAUGAUUGGUUCAGAGAUUCACCUUACGCGCCGACGGGAUCUUCCUGUUGCUGCUGUGACUCCUAACUUCUUGCCUUCCCACUCUAUUCACUGACACCCGCAAGAUUCCAAAUCCAUAUCUCACUUCUUUUCCUUCUUCCUCUUUUUUAAAUGCGCUCGGUGCAAUAAAAAGUUGAAUACUUCGUAAAAUUUAAAAAUGGAAGACCAAGAAGAUUGCUUUGCUUGACAAAAGCCCCAUCAUCGUUCAAACCUCAAAGCCGAAAAGAAAAUAAAGGAAAGCGUCAAUAUGGGGGUCUAGGGUUCAUUCUCUCUCCUUGAUGCCGAUAAAUUUUUCCUUCUUCAAGCACAUCUUGUGACCCUUUUGUAGCCAUCAGCUUUAGUUUCCUUUUCUCGCUACUACUCUUGUUCAAGUUUUUGCAGGAAAAAGAAAAAGAGUUGCUGAUCGAUCGGUCUGUUUGGCUGCAGGGGCAUGCAGGUUUUAAGGGAAUAGUUUUGGUCCGAGGUUGGUGGUACUGUCUUGUACACGAAUUGAAUUGGUUGAAAAAAAUCAGAUGCCGGACGAAGACUUAGUGGAGCUUAAGUUUCGUAUCUUUGAUGGUUCAGACAUUGGGCCCUUCCGUUACCCGCCAGCUUCUACCGUGGCCAUGCUGAAGGAAAGAAUUGUUGCAGAAUGGCCAAAAGGCAAGAAGACUAUACCGAAGGCAGCUAAUGACAUAAAACUUAUAAAUGCUGGAAAAAUUUUGGAAAACAACAAGACAGUUGGUCAAUGUAGAGCACCUUUUGGUGAGCUUACUAGUGAAAUCACCAUGCAUGUUGUCGUCCAGCCAUCUUUGGCAAGAUCAAAAGCAGAGAAAGAUGUUGAUGAGCUCCCAAUAAAACCCAUAUGUGCGUGUGCAAUAUUGUGAGAAUCGACCAUUAUCCAGAGUGAAGCUGCUGAGUUUUGCCUUGUGGAUGCUAGGAUCUCUCUGAGGUCGUGGGAAUGCGUAGCUGGAUAGACAAAUGUUUGUUGGAGGCUAUUCCUGACUUGUCUUCGAUAGUUUUCUUUGUUGUAUAAAAAAUGGGUUUGUUGUGAAAGUCUUGUACAAUACGUAGCAUACAAAAACGUUCAUGAUCUCUGUUGUGAGUACGUUGAACGGUACUCUAAUGGGAUGGAAUGAUCAAAUAUUAUAUACAUAUAGCCGUUUCUUGA